AUGGCGUGCAAGACCAAUAUCAAGACCGUCCUCUGCGGGGCCUUGGCUCUUGCAACCGGUGCCGACUGUCUCCGGACCUCCUUCUCUGUCAGUGAGCUUGCAAGCAUCGCAGCUGGUGAGGCUUCGCUGCAGGAAGAGUACAGCCGCGUCCAGAGAGACGUCGCUGCCGCAGCCGACACAAACCCCAGCCUGCUAUAUCCAGCUCACAACCUGUCUGUGCCUGUCGACCACUUUCACAAUGACAGUUUGUAUGACCCACGCACAAACGACACUUUCAACUUGAGAUAUUGGUUCGAUGCGAGCCACUAUGAGCAGGGCGGGCCUGUCAUCGUCCUGCAGAGUGGAGAGACUUCCGGUGUUGGCCGCCUGCCUUUUCUCCAGAAGGGCAUCGUGUCCAUCCUUGCGCAAGCCACGGGUGGCCUGGGAGUCAUCCUGGAGCAUCGUUACUAUGGCACGAGCUUUCCCGUCUCCGACCUCAGCAUCGAGAGUCUACGCUUCCUCACCACGGACCAGGCCCUGGCAGAUAUGGCCUACUUUGCCCAGAACAUAAAGUUUCCAGGGCUUGAGGACAUUGACCUCACAUCGGCCAGCGCCCCAUAUAUCGCGUACGGGGGGUCCUACGCUGGGGCAUUUGUGGCUUUUCUCCGCAAGCUCUACCCUGACGUCUACUGGGGCGCUAUCUCAAGCUCCGGGGUCACAGAGGCUAUCUAUGACUACUGGGCGUAUUAUGAAGCGGCGAGGCUAUUUGCACCAGGUGACUGUGCGACCACGACCCAGAAGUUGACCAAUGUUGUCGACAACAUCCUCAUCGGCAAGAAUGGCACUGAGUGGGUGCAGCGUGUGAAGGAUGUGUUCGGCCUGGGCAAUGUCACCCGAGACGACGACUUCGCGAGCUCAAUCUCCGGCGGGGUUGCUGGCCUGCAAGGUACAAACUGGGACCCGGCUUUGAACAGCACGAGCUUCGGUGUGUAUUGCGAUACCGUAUCCAGUGAUGCGAUCAUCUACAACGCCACUGUGUCGAGGAAGGCCGAGGCGAUCGAGAUACUGAAAGCCGGUGGCUACGAGGGCGAUGUGGACACGCUUACGAACCGGUUCCUCAACUACAUUGGAUACAUCAACCGUACUGUCGUUGCUAGCUGUGCGUCCCGGGGGUCAAGCCAGGACGAGUGCGUGACCAACUACGACCCCAGCUUCUACAAGCAAGAUGAUAUCACACAGACAUGGCGUGCAUGGCCCUGGCAAUACUGCUUUGAGUGGGGGUACCUCCAGACUGGCUCAGGCGUCCCGGAAGACCAGCUCCCUCUGAUCUCCCGACUGAUCGAUCUUGACUACUCUUCGGUCAUCUGCAAAGAGGCGUUUAACAUUACCACACCCUCCAAGGUCGAGCGGAUCAACCAGUGGGGCGGUUUCAAUAUCUCAUACCCACGGCUGGCCAUUGUUGACGGCGAGAAGGACCCCUGGCGGCAGGCGACACCUCAUGCCAUCGGCCUACCGGACAGGGUGUCCACGACGAGCGAGCCAUUCAUCUUGAUCGAAGACGGAGUGCACCACUGGGAUGAAAACGGGCUGUUCCCGAAUCAGACGACAGCUGAACUGCCUCCAGCUCCUGUCAAGGAGGCUCAGGCACAGGAGGUUGAAUUUGUAAAGGCCUGGGUGGAGGAGUGGAAGCAGGCCAAGAGUAAACUCGAACAAGCUGUGCCACAGGCUGAGAUGGAGCUGUAG